AUGGCCACGAAACGAGCAUCGUCCCUCCUGUCCCUCCCCUCACCUCUGCGCCAAAGCACAUGUCUACCAUCUCAGGCACAGCAACAGACGCGGAGCAUGCACAAAGGCCUCCCGCCAGCACGCAUACCGAAACCAACUCCAUUUGUCCCCGACCCCGCCGCCUUCCUCACCCUAAUCGGCCGCAACACCUCCGCUCACGCCGCCAAAUUUCCCACCUGGGACUCCCUCUUCACCAUGUCCUCCGCACAGAUGAAGGACGCCGGCAUCGAGCCACCUCGCGCCCGGCGAUACAUCCUCUGGUGGCGCGAGCGCUUCCGUCACGGGAUCACCGGAAUAGGCGGGGACCUCCAAAAAGUUCAGGGCGGAAUAGCAGAACUGCGCGUGGUAGAAGUGCCCACAAACAAGCCAGCACCUGCGACAGUAUCAAGAGACGCGGGCGUGAAGAAGGUGGUCGUAAAUGUAGAACCCACGGUGGUGCUACCGGAAGAUCCAGCGAAUCCUAAGCCGAAAGAGGAGAAGGUGAAAGGGAGUGUCUUGACAGCGAUGAGGCCGGCGCAGAGGAUGAGAAAGGAGGAGGCGAAGGCUGUGAAUGGUGUCAAGACUGUGCAGGGCAACGUAAUUGGUGGCACGGGGGUCGAGUAUGUCAAGGGGCACACAGGCGUGGCGAGGUUAAGGGUUAAGGAAGGGCUGUGGGAGCAGAGACGCGGUCACAAGGUCGAUGGUGGUGAGAGACGGCGCGCCGAGGUCAGAGCAAAGAGGCGGGCGGCUGAGAGGAAGAAUGCCAGGUAG